AUGCCCUACUGGCUUCGCGGCGACGCGCGGCUGCCUGAGCUCGCAUCCUGCUCCUUCACCAUCUCGCCUCCCGACCUCGUGAGGCUGACCAGCCCCUCGUCGGACGUGCACCUGCACACCUCCGGACACGACACAGCUAUGGAGCCCGACCCAUACUCUACAUGGAUGUGCAUCGCUCGCUCCGAGGACUUCUGCGUCCACCUUUCGCAGGAACACGAGCGGCUCCUCGCCCAUGAUCUCAUCGGCGCGUCCCUCGCGACGAUGCUGAACCUCAGCUCCGACGCUCGUGCGCUCGCAUCUCUCGGCCUCGCAGCAGCACGUGAAACGCCGAGCGACGCCAGCAUCACGGCCGCUCAGCUCGUAGAGGCGCUGCAAACGAUCAAUUGCCCUUCGAUCAGGAUCCGUGCGAAGGGCCGCGACGAGAUCGAACGAACCCUGGCCGGCUCGAGCGUUCUGGAGCGUCGUGACCUGGUCUGGUUCUUCCGCGCCGAGGUCAUCACGAGGGGAAUCACGCUGCUGCGAGGGCCUCGCAAUAGCUUUGUCCACACGUUUCCGUGCCUGGGCCAGCUUGGAGCUGGCUUUGGGAUGGUCCUCGUCCCGUUGCCGGCCCGGGCCGAUGGGAUCCACUCCGUACGCAUCUCCACCACCCUCACAGACGUCCUUUCCUGCCUCGAGGGAGCCAUCGGAAGGUUCUGGUGCCCAAUCGAGGACGAGAUGAGCUACAACGGUGCCAUCGCCAUGGCCAUGGCAUGGCAGGCCCGAAUCGCUCGUCGUUCGGCCUGCGACCUGUACGGAGCAGCCGUCGAGGUCAGCGCGCAGGCAGAUGUCGAGGUUCAACGAGGCGAUGGCCACACGUAA